GCGAAUAAUUGGAAUGAGACAACGAUAAUGCGACAAAUUCCCUUAGCCUUAAAAGGUGUUGCAGCUUGUUGGUAUGAAGAACUCCCAGACAAGGUAGCGAAUGAUUUGAAACAAUUUGCCGACGUCUUUGUUAAACAAUUCACAGACAAGGCAACCACUGCUAAAUUACACGCCCGAAUAGCAACUCUGAGAAAGAAACCUGAUGAUAGCGUCACCAAAUAUUACGGAAAAUUUACUAAGUUACUUCGACGAGCUGACCCGGAUGAUGAAUACUAUUCAACUAAACAAAAAUCCGACCUGUUCAUUCGAGGGUUAGAUAAAAAAUUACAAAGAAAAGUGUUUAGUACAAGAAUUAACACUCUUGCUGAAGCAUAUAAAAAAGCAAAAGAAGCCGAAACAAUGCUCACUUACAAUGACUUUACCACCAGCGUCAAUGCGGUACUGAAUGGAGAAACAGAAAGUGCCAACAGUCAACGGAUAAAACGUUUGGAGAAAACCAUCCAAACGCUGGUAGUCGAACAAAGAGAAAACUGA